CUCGCCUGCGCUCCUGGCGAUAGAUUCGCGCGAGAGGAGGCGGGGCUCGCGUUUGAAAGAUGGCGGACGAAGUGGACCAGCAACAAACAACAAAUACUGUAGAGGAGCCACUGGAUCUGAUCAGACUCAGUCUAGAUGAACGAAUCUAUGUGAAAAUGAGGAAUGACCGAGAACUUCGAGGCAGAUUACAUGCUUAUGAUCAGCACUUAAAUAUGAUUUUGGGUGAUGUUGAAGAGACCGUGACAACAAUAGAGAUUGAUGAGGAAACCUAUGAAGAGAUUUAUAAAUCUACCAAGAGGAAUAUUCCAAUGCUCUUUGUCAGAGGUGACGGCGUUGUGCUCGUAGCUCCUCCAUUGCGGGUUGGCUGAAACCAUAAAGGAUUUUCCCUGGUUGGAAAGCUGCUCGCUUUGAGAUAAGGCUCCUGUUCAGAUCACACUUCUGUGCAAAACUAUGUGCAUAUUUUUAUAUGAUAUUGUUGGUUUGUGUUUUGUUUUUGUUUUUUGCACCUACUUGGCUUGUGGAUCAUUGAAAAUAACCGACAAAAAUGAUGAAAGGAUGGUGUGAGACAGUUUAGUUUUCAAGGAGUAAAUUUAAAUGCUAUAAUACAGGUGUCUGUCAAAUCAGUAAAUUAAUCUUUUCAGUUUUACAAUCUUGGCAAUUGCUGAGUUCUAAUUUUUUAAUAAAUAUGGUUUAUCUUUUGGA